UCAUCAACAAUCAUUUAUAAUCAACAAUUAUCAAGUAAAAUGACAGAAAGAAACACCGAAGUUGAUGUAAUGGGCCUAACCAUAGAAGAGCUUCAACAUGAGCAUCCACUCACGCUGGUAGAUUUGCAACUGAUGCAUCGAGACUACAUAGAAGACGAUGAUGAGUAUGAUGAUAAUGAGUUGAUCACGACGCAAAACUUCCACUGCACAUGUAACAUGUGUGGUAGACGAAUUGACUGGUACCACCGUUAUUACUAUAAGUGUAGCAUGUUGUCGUGUGAUUACUCCCUCCACAAAUUUUGUGAAGAAAUUCCAAAAACCUUAAAAUUCCAAGAUCACCCUUCUCAUACUCUUAUCCUUCAAAGAACAACAAAUGAUGAGAAAUGCCACGCUUGUUUCAAAUAUCGAGAUGUCAUUGGUUAUCAUUGUUCAACAUGUAAUUAUGGAAUCGAUCUACUUUGUGCCACAUUUGUGGAGCAACAUACCAUCCAUCACCCUAGCCAUCCACACCCAUUAAUCUCUUUUAGUGCUGAACCAAUUUUGAGUAAGUGUUUCGCAUGUGGGAAGAAACAUGAAGGGCAUUUUUAUCAUUGCACCACUUGUUUUAACUUCAUAAUAAAUUCUGAUUGUCUUUCACUUCCCAUGAAGUUAUCACUUCAAACUCAAAAUUUUAGCCACCGUCACUUGCUCACCCUUUCAUAUUCGUUUUCGGAUCAACUAUAUGAUUGCGAAUGUAGGAUUUGUGGUGUAGAAUUAGAAGAUGAACAUUUGAUUUACAAGUGCAGUAAAUGCUUGUAUUAUGUUCACCCAGAUUGUGCAACGCAAAGGAUAGAGCCUUUCAUGUCUAUCUUCUUACCUGGAAAAACAAAAAAGAAUUUUCAAGAUGAUGAUCAUCCCGACCUUCUUCACUUGCCAGUGGAUGAUGAAUCACACAUCUUGUCACAUCAAUUUAAAGAAGAGGCUUUAGAGCAAUUUAGAGAUCCUUUUCUACAUAGCGAUCCGUUCGUCCUAAUACAUGACAAAAUAAAUAAAUAUGCAACUACCUCUCUUCACGAUCCAAUGAAGAGGAUUAAACUAUUAUGCAACAUUUGUUCGAAACCAAUUACAAAAAUGCCAUUUUACAAAAGCUCCACAAGUGAUGACUUUGUUCUCCAUGAUUGGUGCACCCGGCUACCCCGCAAACUAACAAGCCAUUCGGCUCACCCAGAACAUCCACUUCGGCGUGGUCGAUUAAAUUAUACAGGUUCUGCAGGCAAAUGUAGGAUUUGUGGAUUGCCUUGCAAUGGGAUUAUAUAUCAUUGUAAUGACUGCGGAUUUUUAAUUGAUGUUAAUUGCGCAUUUAUGCCUAAAGAAGUUACACAUGAAGCACACGCGGAUCACUUACUUACAAGAAUAGAAUCAAGCGAUAGCGGUGUAUCUAAGAAGGAAUGUCACGCAUGCCGUGUAGGUAUCGGUGAAAGUGAGACUUAUUUUAAAUGUAAUGCAUGUGAUUUCUAUUUGGACUGCCGGUGUGCUUUGCAAUUGCCUAAAACAAUUAUGCAUAAGUUUGACAAGCACCCCCUGCAACUGAGCUAUGCACCGAUUGAGGACCACAAAAGUCAAUACUUCUGUGAAGUUUGUGAGGAGGAGCUUGAUCCUGGAAAGUGGUUCUAUCAUUGUGCAGAAUGCGCACAAUCCAUUCACUCGGCAUGUGCUCCGUUAAUACUUCAGUCUGAACAAGGUGUUAAUUCUUUCUAUUUAGAAGGUGUUUACAAGUUCAUUAACAUCAAGUUUGGGUUUGUAGAAAAACGACCUUUUCACGAACAUCCUGUGUCACUUGCUCCGGGCACUAAGAAUGAUGGUUUAUGCCAUGAGUGCGGAAGCAAAUUGCAAUCCGAAAUGAUCUGGAAGUGCUUACAUUGUAACUUUGCUUGCCAUUGUCACCAUGAGCUUACAUCAUUACUCGACCCUGUGGACCAAAGUUUAAUUUAUAUAUUUGGGGAAAACAAACGUAAGAUAAAACAACAUAGACCUCAAACAAGCUUAGAAUUUUAUCCAAGUGAAAUGAAGAGACCGGAGACCCGUCAUUGGAAGGUUGAUGAUGAUAUCCAAUAAGUCUUAUCAUGUGUUUCACCAGUUGAAUGUAAGGGAUUACUGUACCAUGAGUGACGAGUCAGACAAGUUUAUUAUUAAUUAUGAUUGUAUUAUUUAUUGUAGUUUAUUUGUAUUUUGUAAUAUUUCGGUUGUGUAAACUUUGUAUAUAUUCCAUUCAAUCAAUGGUUAUGUAAUUUUUAUAUA